GAAAUUAUUUUAAACGCAAUGCUACAAUUAAACUUACUACACGAUCUUUAAAGUGUGUUUAAAGAAUAGCUAACAAGGUGCAUCAUAAUGGUUGUGAGCAAAACAAUUAUAAUUUUUAGCUUUUUAAGUGUGUGGUGCAUAAGUGCUGAGGCAGAAGGUCUGGAAAUAUGGGAGAACACUGCAGAAAAUCUGCUGAGAAGUUUGAAGAAUAAGCUAGAAGAACUCAAGGACUACGCGUAUACUGAAGAUUCACAAUUCCCCAAGACAAGUGGAAGUUAUCCGUCAUCCUGUCUAUCGUCCUUUUUCAAUUCAAGUGGAGUGCACAAAAUACAAGUGCCGGGAAUUGAUCCAUUCAAAGUCUACUGUGACAAUUGCAUUGCCGGCUUCGGCUGGCUGGUCAUACAAAGGCGGCUGAAUGGCAGCUUGAAUUUCUUUCGAAAUUGGGCGGAGUACAAGCAGGGAUUUGGUGAUCUCAACGGCGAGUUCUUCAUUGGCCUGGAGAAACUGCGCGCGAUAACAGCGAUGGAACCCUUUGAGCUUUACAUUGCCCUGGAGGACUUUGAUGGUGCGAAGCGUUAUGCGAAAUUUGAUGAAUUUGCCAUUGGCAGCGAACAGGAUGACUAUGCACUCAACAUGCUGGGUGACUAUUCGGGAACAGCAGGAGAUUCAUUGCGAAGUCAUCGCAAGAUGAAGUUCUCUACCUACGAUCGGGAUAAUGAUCGGGAGUUUCAUCGCAACUGUGCAUUUCUCCAUGUCGGUGCCUGGUGGUAUAACAGUUGUGUCGAUAGCAACCUCAAUGGUCAAUAUAUCAAGGGCGGCAAAUACGAGGAGAAGCUCUUCGCUCGGGGCAUGUGUUGGAGAGCUUGGCGUGGUCACAACUAUGGAUACAGAUUCACCCAAAUGAUGAUCCGACCCAAGUGCCGUAAUUUUCCUACUCCCCCUCAUGGCAAUACGACAGCUUCAAGAGAAUGUGAAUCAUUUUAAUACUCGCCAUUAUUAAUUUUCAUUCAUUGUAGCAUUUGGUCGGCGAGAAUUCGAGAGUACUAUGUAACAUAUCUCUAUUAGUAUGCAAAAUGUGUUUUAUUUAUAUUCGAAAAAGUUUGUCUUGCGAUUUAACAUUAAUAGCAAAAACCUUUUGCGCAUUUCCUGAACAAAUAAAUAUUUGUAUAGUACAUAAAUAUACUUAUUU